GACUCCCACCCCUCAGUUGAUCUGCCAUCCUCGGAGUGUGUGCGUGGGUCCUCCUUGCCUAUAGGAAAUGGAGGGUUGUUGGCAAAGAAUCAAGGAAAGGCGAUGGAAGUUGACCGGGGCGACGGUGGCGGCGCUGUGUGUGCUGGCUGCCGGGGCCGCGGCGCAGCAACAACUGGGGCGGACCACAGCCAUCAGUCUCCCCCUGGGGGACACAGUCGAUGACCUCACCUUCCCGAAAUUCAUCGCGCUGCCUGAAUCUCCUGAGGAUCUAGACAGCCUUGAAGAUGUCUUACAAGCCCAACUACAGAAGGAUCUUGGGGGUGAUAUCACGGGUGAAGAGUUUGAUGAUGAUACUUCCUUGUUCAGACCCAUGGGCGUGUUUCCACCACCCACAGCUAUCAGCAUCGACCCAGCUGGCAUCAGUAGUGAGACAGUCGAACUGGAUGACCUCUUUGACAAUGAUCCCGAGACCUUGGAAGUAGAAUCUAAGGAGAAUUUCAAUACUGGAUCGGAUGAGACAGACUUCGUCGUUUUGGAUGGGUUCUCCGUGACUGGAAAUGGUGCUGUCACUUCUGGUGGUGUCCUGACGAGUGUUCCUCUGUCAGCCGCAGGGCCACAGGAACCUCAAAUUAUGCUCGAGUCUGCCAGUGACGCUGGCAUCAUCCUUGCAUCUACAGGUCCUCAGAUUCCUCAAGAAACAGGGAUCACUCUUAGUGCGGCUGGUCCACGAGUUCCUCAUGAUACACUAAAUUCCUUUGACGACUCUCAGCUACCAGGAGCACCUCUUGGGGUCGCCGUAGCCAAUGUACUUGAUCAGGAGACUGGUGGCCAAAUUAGUGUGCCACUGGACGCUGGUCCGCCACAAGUUAUUAUCGAGGUAUCACAGCCACUGGACCAAGGUGAAAUAUCCCAUGAAUUAGCAGCAGCACAGUUGUCCAUUGCUCCCGAAGAUGAGAUCUUUCCUGAUGUUCAGUCUGUUGGUUUACUUCCUACUGAAGUACCCAACACUGAAUCCAUUCCCACAGACGUGCCCUCCGUUGACCCUGUUCCAGCAGAAACAAGAGAGGCUGAUUCACCUCCUGUACAAGAGUCAGCUGUUGAUCCAGUCCCCACAGAAGCCCCUGUAACAGACGCAGCUGCAACUGAGACACCAGAAUUUGUUCCAGAGGACACGAUGGAAGCUGAAGCUGCUGACGCGGCCCCUGUAGCGGUAGCUACUGACCAUACUCCUGCAGAAACACCUGUUAACCCAAGUCUUUCAGAGGCACUUGUUGACCCUGUUCUUGCAGAAGAACCUGCUGAUCCGGCUCCCGUAGAAACACCUGCUGACCCUGUUCUUGCAAAAACACCUGCUGACCUUGUUCUUGAAGAAACUCCUGCUGACCCUGUUCUUGCAGAAGCACCUGCUGAUUCUGUUCUUGCAGAAGUACCUGCUGACUCUGUUCUUGCAGAAGCACCUGAUGACCCUGUUCGUGCAGAAGCACUUGUUGACCCUGUUCUUUUAGAAGCACCUGCUGACUCUGUCCUUGAAGCUGCAGGUAAAGAAGCUGAACUACCUGGAGGAGUUGAGUUUGAAGUUCCCAUUAACACCUUGUCCGAGGAGCCAAGUCUGGCAGAAGUUGUUGAUACUGUUCCUCCAGCGACAGUAUUGUUAGAUUCUCUGACUUCAGAAGCUGAAGUUCCUCCAGCAGUUGUAGUUGACACAGAGACUGAUGUCACUGGCCUGGAUGUAGAGACUGAACAAGUCAUUACUAAUAUUGCUGAUACUACUGCUGGUGAGCCCGUGGUGGUUCUGCCUGUUGCCCCGACAGGGACGGGAAGAAACGUCGACGAUCCUUUGAUCCCUGUAGUGGUGGUGCCAGAGGCUGCAGUACCCCUACAGGAGGACUUAAUGGUCAUGGAACCAAGUGGUUUUGGAGAAAUGCUUCCAAAGGAGGAAGAGGCGGCGACUCGCGCUGGAACUGGAGGGAUAGUGGACGUGGCUGCUCCCUUGGUACCAGUAGAGGAAGUUAAUGCUGUUCCUGAGGAACCUACGGAUUUAAAUCCAGAGAUCCAGAUCAUUACUGGUGGGGAAUUACCGCCCAUAUCUGUCCAGGACAUGGGGAGGCUGGCGGAGAUCAUCGCAGACGACCCUGACACCGGGGAAGUGUUCGACGAGACGCCUCCAGACAUUGUACCAGAGAUUUCUGAGGCGGACCUCGAGAAUUUCUUUGUUGCUGAGGACCCGGAGGCUACGGAGGGGGAAGAGUAUGUACUGGGUGUGUCGGUACAGGAGGUGGUCCAACAGCUGCCUGAGGACCAAGUGAACCUCGCCGCCCUUCCGGACAUCGCGCCCUUCACGCCCACGCAGGAGGGGCAGAUCCCUGAGGAGAUAGUGCAGGCGUCCUUAGAUGCUCUGCAGGCUCAGAUCGCUGCGUCCAUGGGUGACUUUGGGCAAAAGAUGCCAGAGGUUGACAUCAGAGUCCCAGCUCCUGGUGCAGAGCCUUCCCCUGUUGUCUUCCCGGUCGACAGGCCAGCACCUGCCCCAGCACCUGUACGUGCACCUGCCCCAGCACCUGUACGUGCACCUGCCCCAGCACCUGUAGCGACACUUGCACCAGCCCCUAAACCUGUACCAGCACCACCACCUAUAGCGGCACCUGCCCCAGCACCUGUACAUGCCCCAGCACCUGUAGCGACACUUCCACCAGCCCCUAAACCUGUACCAGCACCACCACCUAUAGCGGCACCUGCACCUGUACGUGCACCUGCCCCAGCACCUGUAGCGACACUUCCACCAGCCCCUAAACCUGUACCAGCACCACCACCUAUAGCGGCACCUGCCCCAGCACCUGUACAUGCCCCAGCACCUGCACCUGUACGUGCACCUGUCCCAGCACCUGUACGUUCACCUGCCCCAGCACCUGUACCUGCUCCGGUAAACAUGUACGGAGGCCCUCCGCCCAGCGUGUAUGGCCCACCAAUCUCACACACGUAUGGUCCUCCGCCUACGCCCACCAAGUCCUACGGUCGACCCUCCACCGUCAAGUACAAGCCAACCUCGUCCUUCAGGCCCUACCGUCCCCCCACCUCCCAUGUCCACAUCCAGGAGCCCAAACCAGAGGACUUUAGACCAUACACUCACCCCAGGCCGGUGUACGGAGUUCCGCCUGCCCCCUCCUACAGACCCCGCCCUACCUCCUACCAGAGGCCUUCCCACAUGCCUUCAUCCUAUGGCCCUCCCACGACGAAGCCAUCGACUUACAAAGCACCGACGACCACCACCAUGUCCUACUCCGCGACGACCAAGACACCGACGACCACCACCAUGGCCUACUCUGUGAAGACCAAGACAUCGACGACCACAAUCAAGCCAAAGCCCUCAUACAAGCCACAUGAGCCAGCCACGACGACAACUGAUAAACCUCAUAAGCCACCCAAGCCAGUCCUGGCACCGUUGGUCAUACCGGGACAUCCCUACAGCCUCGUCCUGCCCGAGAAGCCCCGUGAUGGACCCUACAAUGCUUGGCCUCAAAGUACUGAAUCUGGUGCCAGGCGGCCUCCGUCCUUCCGUUUUCGUUACCCAUUCGGGAAGCCCUCAGAAAGCCGGAGGCAGAGGCUGGAGGUCCCUGACAGUGUGGUGCGUCUUCUGAACGCUGCCCAGCCGGAAUGGGUCGCUGGACUAGAGCCUCAGCGCUGGUAGAUCUUCACUCAAAAGCGAGCAUUAACGACUGUCUGCAGAAGAGAACAUAAGCCAGGUAGUUACGUUUACAGAUAGUGCUCCGAGAUACUCAGGUGUCGCCCACCGUCGGAACAUAGGUUAUGUUUACGUUGCCAUAGACAAACACUCUUCCCUCACUGAUGCAUCACAGGAGGUUCUAAAAGCUACACAUUUGCACAACAGAGAAAAAUCUGGAUUUGAAUUCCUGAAUCAGAACUAAACUCUCACGUCUAGUAGGACAAAGUUACAGUCCUAUUGUCUCUCCCAGACCUCCGUGUGCUUCAUGCUCAAGUCUUAUAGCUUUAGAAGGUUAGUUAAAGUAUUAUUAUAUAUAUAUAUAUAUAUAAAAUAUGUAUUAUAGUAAUUAAUGAGGGUAUAUAGUUUGUAGAGUAUUGUUAUGUUACUGUUCGUCUCUUAGAUGUAAGCUGGGACCGUAUCUUGUCUCUCGUGUGACACUUUCAACUACCGUACUCCGACGAUGGGUCUGUCUCUCCUUCUCUCAGUCUCUUUGUUAUCUCCCACCUUAGGCUUCUCCCCCCUCCAUUACCUGCAAAACUCUCUCUCUCUCUCUCUCUCUCUCUCUCUCUCUCUCUCUCUCUCCCUCUCCAUUAACCACACCACCUCUCUUCCCUCUUCACCUCCCCAUCAUCACAUUUCCCAAAACCAAAAGAACAAUUCACACGUUCAUAAAUAAUGUAUUUUUUUUAAUAUAUUUAUUGUAUGUAUUUUUAUGAGAAGAAAUAAUACACAUAUUGUUGGUUA